AUGGUGCCGAGACGAGUGCUUGUGAUGCCCAACGACGACUGUGUCCCCGACAACCCGACGACUGCCCGUUCGCCAGCCUCCCUCCCGCUCGCGUGUGCUGCUCGCUCGAGACUUCCCAUGCCGAAGCAGGUCACCGACAUCAAGAAGUUCCUCGAGAUCGCCCGCCGCGCCGACGCCGUCGAGGCCAAGAUCAAGCGCACCGUCGUCAAGCGCCCUGCCAACUCGCCCGUCGGCAAGAAGGCCUCGGCCAAGCAGGCCGUUGCCACCAAGUUCAAGCUCCGUGGCUCGCGCUACCUCUACACCCUCGUCCUCCACGACCAGGAGAAGGCCUCCAAGCUCCAGCAGUCGCUCCCCCCCACCCUCAAGCAGGUUGUGAUCGGCGCCCCCGCCGCCCGCAAGUAAAUUGCGCGCUGUUAGGAUGACUGCAUGGGUUGGAUGAUGUACAUUUGCACCUACAGA